AAAGAAAUGCAAAUGUGAGUGCCCGUUAUGCUGAUUUGAAAGGUAGCAAAAUUUCAACACUGACUACUAUUCAUAGCCUUAAGGUUUCACAAUUUCAUAAAAGUUUGAAGUCAUCCACUGGUGUUAAACUUUUUGAAUUACAGAAUACAUGUUUGAAUGAUGGUGAUGUAAAUUUGGUACAGUUUUUGCAAGAAAUUGCUUCAGAGCAGCAAUUUGAAGUAACUUAUGUUGAUAUUGAAGAAAAGUCUAUCAGUGGUAAAUGCCAGUGCCUUGUGCAGCUGUCUACUCUGCCAGUGGCAGUUUGCUAUGGUUGUGGUGUUACUAGUAAAGAUGCUCAAGCUAGUGCUGCUCAAAACGCUUUGGAAUAUCUCAAAAUCAUGACCAAAAAGUGAGCCAGCGCUUUGCUCCUGCCAGCUGUCACUAUUACCUGUAAAUCUCAUAAUAAUUUGCUGUCCAAAAACCAAAAUAACAAUACAGAUUCAAAAAUUUUAUCAAACAAUCAAGUAUCAGAUAAGGGUAAAAGCAAUCAAAAACUUGAUCACAUGGGGAACAAAAGUAGAUUAUCAAAACCAUCUAUCAGAGCAAUAAAUACUACGAUGGGGAAUAAAGAUACUACAUUAAGUACAAUCACUACAUCAACAUCAACUGUUACAGUUUCUUCAAAUAGGAUGAAUUCAUCUAUAAAAAAGAACAGUGGAAAUAACGAGAAUUUAAAAUCUAAUGAACAACUAACAAAGAAUACAUCACUUGUAACCACAAAUCAAUCUAAUUCUACUUUCAAUACUGUAAGAGGUGUUAAUACAACUUGUGUUGGUAGUAAUGUUUCUCACGAGAGUACGUCUAAAUCAAAAGAUUAUUCUACAAAAAAAUUUUCCAAUGAAAUUGAUUCAAAAAUGAAAAAUUAUCAAAUACAAUCAGAAUACAAAGAAUCACCUGUAAGCAAUCAAGAUUACAAGGCAAGAAAUAGUGCGAAUAUAAACAAUUUAUCAUCAAGGUUCGUAAAUCAAUCUGUUCAAGCAUUACAUAGAGAUAAUCAUGGAACUUCUUCCAAUACACAUCAAUCUCGACCAGCAUCACGAAAUGAUAACACUGCGUUUGCCAUAGCUAGAAAAGCAUUGGAGCAACAAAAUUCGACAUCGAAGACGACACCGAUUAAUUUUCCACCUUUACGUGCUCCACAGAGUAUCGUCAAUGUUCGUCAUCCUUUUGUUACAGAAGCAAGAACUAAACAUAAUGAUAUCGAUGGUCCAAACUCUAAAUCGAAAUUGAAUAUGGUGAGUUCUUUACAAAGUGGUGUGAAAGAUCUUGAUCACAGUAGGCAAACCUUUCAUAGCUAUGGCACGUCACAGAUCGCUGGUAUUCCCAAUGUUCAAAAUUUAAGUAAUGUUACAGCGAAUAUAUCACCUUAUCCUAGACCGGAAAGUUUUCCCCAACCAACUGUUGCAAGUAUGCUAUUUCCUGAUACUUCUCAGUUUCCUCAAUCACCUCCAUUUAAUACAACACAAAUUGGACAGCUAAAUCAGUAUCAGACAUAUGAUCCUGGUAGUUUUGCAACUACACCAGUGAAUGUGAACCCUGUAAUUCCUCAAUUUUCCGCAGAAAGUUCCAUUCCAUAUCCACAAUACGAUAAUCCUCCUCAAUUCGUGCAACCGAAUCAUUAUCCAACGGCGGAUAUAGCCAAUAGUCAAUAUCAAUACCAAGCAGCAAGUGUAGGACAACUACAGGACUCACCGAUGUUUAUACAAAGUUUACAGAGUCCUAUUGCUGUAACAGAUCAAUAUGCUGCUCCAAAUUACGCUAGAACAGUCAGAGCAGAAUUAAUACCACGAUUGAGGAGGCCACCAAGAUUCAACAAGUAAAAAUGAUUUUUUUACAUAUACAUAUAUAUAUUUUCGAAUGAAAAUUUGUCACAAAUAUAAGAAGAGUAAAAUGAAAAAUAAAUUUAAAUCAAAUGAUAAAGACAUAAAGUCAUGGAAUAUAAUAAUUUUUCAAUAAAAAUAAAAUAUUCACGUGUAUCUUAUGCAUUGUUGCGAAAAUUAGGAACUAAUUUGCCAAUCUACUUAGUCGAUAUGUUAUAUGGAGGAGAUUUGGUAAAAAUUAUUUCAAUUUUUGAUCCAUUUUGAAAUAAAUUUUAACCAGUCUAUACGAAUUGAUGUGUGUAUGUAAAUGAUAACUGGUAUUUUGGCAAAAAUAUAUAUAUAUAGAUACACGGUUAAUGAUCGUCAUUAAUAAUCAUUCGAAAAAAUUUUGCCUGAAAUGAUUUUACACACAUAUAUAUACAUACAAAAAAAAAAGCAUUACGAAGUGAUAAGAGAAAAAAAUCAUUUUGACUUGUUUCUAUCAUUCAAUGUGACAUGGCAGGGCAUAGUGAGUUGAGCUCGAUUAUAAUUUUAUGACGUAAUUUAUCUAAUAUCAUUGAAUUUGAGAGAACGAAUGAACGAGUGAGCGAACGAGCGAACGAGCGAGCGAGCGAGCGAGAGAGCGAGAGAGAGAGAGAGAGAGAGGAAAGAAGAAAAAAGAGGCAAUUGCAACCAGUUUGUUAAAUUGUACAUAAAUUAUGACUAUCGAUAAGAAUAGUUUCAUUUCUAUAAAUAUAGUAUUUGCGAAAAUGAUUGUGGACAAAUUUGUUUUCGUCGAGAUUGAUUAGUGAAAGCAAAUUUGCUAGUUAGUGGAGCAGAAUUCAUAAUCAUGUUCCACGUAAAAAUCCAUAUGAAAAAAAAAAAAUUUAUGAAAUAGAAGGAAGAGAAAAAGAAAAAAAGCAAAAUUAUGAUUAUAAUAAUGAUAAGACUUAGUUUUUAAUGAAUGGUAUCCUACAAGCUAUACUUUGCAUAGAAUUAGUGGAGGUUUUCCAAUAUUUGCAUAUUACUUAGCUUAUUGCUAUGUUUUUAAUGUGCUUCACUAUUUAUAUAUGAGAUGACGGUGUAACGAUGUUCAUUGCAAUGCGAUUUUAUAUAAAAACAAUUCCUUUGUAGAAGAAAACAAAAAAAUGUUAGAUGUUUGAAAAUUAAAUAGUAAAGUAAACAAAAUUUUUAGUCUUUCGAAUAAUUCGCUUAAUUUGAACAUCGUAUCUCCAUCAAACGUAUGCACAGUGCAAACGUAGCUUUCGGCGAUCCGAAUAUAUCCGAGGGUGAUCGCGAUAAAGUAACGAUAUAAUCUUUCAGUGGUGUAUGUUUUUUCUUUAGUAUGGUAGCUCAUAAACUCAUAAGCAUCAUAUUAAUACGCGUAAGGUUAAUCGUUAAGAGAAAUCCUCAUUAAAUACGCAUCUCGUAUUAAACAAAACUAUAUAUAUACUCGUGUGUAUUAAAUUUUUGAAUUGCUAAUGUGCGUUAACGUCACCGAAUAAGACAUUUAUACUAAAUGAAGAGAAGAAUAAUAUUGCGUAUGGACGUAUAUAGCGUCAAGAGGAUACGAUCAUGAAUUGAAAAAAAAAAAAAAAAAUGGAAAAGAAAAAAAGUUAAGGAAAGAUGAAAAAAAAAAA